AUGUCAACCGAGGUCUACAAACCUGCAUUUACAGAUCCUCCUGGUACGAAUCUCGCAGGCAUUCCUGUCUCCAACCUCAAACUGUCUUCGCCCUAUGUCUCCUAUGGCCUACCAUACCAUGCGGCAUGUGCGAAACACGUGCGCGAGACUUUUAAUGCCUCGAGAGUGUACAUCAUAGCUUCUGGGACACUGUCGCGUGAAACCGACAGCCUGGACAGGUUGAUUGAAGCGAUCGGUAAGGACAACGUCGUCGGCGUCAAGAAGGGUAUGACACAGCAUACGCCGUGGUCGGAGAUCUUGCAAAUCACGGCCGAGGCAAGAGAAUCCAACGCCGACUGUCUUGUGACGAUGGGCGCCGGGAGCAUCACCGACGGAGCCAAAAUGGUUACCUUUGCAUUAGCAAACAAUAUCAAGACAGCAAAAGAACUCGCCAGAUACUCUGCCGAGAGCACCGAUGUACCCUCCACGAUACACGAGCCAAAAGUGCCACUGAUCACAAUUCCUACGAGCUUGUCGGGUGGCGAGUAUUUCAGCCUAGGCGGCGGUACGGAUGACUCUACGAAGCGCAAGAUACCCUUUCUGCAUUCCGGUAUGGGCGUGAACUUGAUUAUCCUCGACCCGGAGCUAUGCAUGACCACUCCGCCGUACCACUGGCUCAGCACCGGCGUCAGGAGUCUCGAUCACUGUGUUGAGGCCAUCUGCUCUCUCCAGGGCACAGAGACCUCUGAUCGAAAAGCGGGGGAGGGUCUAAGGCUGCUAGUUCCGAGUCUGCUCAGAUGCAAACAAGACCCCAGGGACCGCGAGGCGCGGCACAAAUGCCAGAUGGCGGUUAUGCUUGCCAUGGACAAUAUUCGUGCCGGGAUACCCAUGGGUGGAAGCCACGCGAUCGGCCACCAACUGGGACCCCUGGGUGUGGAGCACGGUGUCACCAGCUGCAUCUUGUGCCCAGCCGUCAUGAAGUACAAUAUCAAGCAUGCAGACGAGAACUCGGAAAUCAUCAACCGGCAAGCCAAGGUCAGGAGCAUUCUCUGGUCCGAGCCGGUUGUCGCGGAACUAUUGGCAAGUCAGGGUCUUCACCAGGACCCUGCGGAUCUCGGCGACAUCCUGGACGUCAUCAUCCGUGCUUUGGACCUUCCUAGAACGUUGUCAGAGCUGGGGAUUGAGAGGGAAGUGUUUCCGCGUCUCUCGCAGGCCGCGUUGGCGGACUUCUGGUCCCCGACAAAUCCGGUCCCGCUGCUCAAGGCCGAGCAGGUCCAGGAGAUCCUAGAGGCUGUGGUUUGA